GACAGGAGAUGAUCUGGGUGCUAACGAGAUCUACAAACAGUAUAAAAUAAUCGACAUUACAUUGGCGACUUGCUGUGCUUGCGGAUCACAAAUUGUUUUAAAGAAAAAAAAAAAAAGAAAAACAAAAUUCAAUAAAAAUUUGUUUUUACGAUAAGAAAAUGGUUAAAACAAAUAAUCACGUGGGCCGAGUAGGCGCUGCAUCAAAUCAUAAUCAAACAGUCAUAGAUUUUGAGAAAGAUGGUGCGGAUGAAAAAUUGCUUAAAAAUGGUAAUCUAUCGAGUAAUGGUUUAAAAAAUGGCGAAAAAUCUGAAUACGAUCGUACAAUGACUGAGGAUAUCAACAAAUUGUUACGAGAGAUGCCUUUAACGGAAGACAUGACUUGUGGAUUUUGGAUAUUUAAAGGAAAAUUCCUGCAAAGGUUUGCAAAUCAGACAUCUUAUGUUAUUCUUUAUGGUCUCGUUGGCUGCGUAUUCUCAAUGACUUAUUCUUACUUCAAUGGUACAAUAACAACAAUUGAGAAGAGAUUUAAAAUACCCUCUCGGAAUACAGGCAUCAUAUCCGUUGGCAACGAUAUCAGUCAAAUGUUAGUGUCGGCAGUAUUAAGUUAUUACGCUGGAAAGGGUCAUAGACCGAGGUGGAUAGGAUUUGGAUUAUCAACCAUUGUGAUGUUUUGCUUACUAAUGGCUGUACCUCACUUUCUAUACGGUCCGGGUGAAGAUGCCUUAGCCUUAACCGCGGAAUUCGGUGCCAUUGCCGAUGAAAAUGCUACUAUAGAAGUUAUUGAGGCUCAGCGUUCAAAGACUUUGUGCCGUUCUAGCGACGGUGGUGCGGAAUGUGUUCAGGGGGAGGGUAAUGUUGCUCCUCAGCUCGUAUUAUUUUUGGCGCAAUUUAUUUCAGGUAUAGGCGGUUCGCUUUACUACACCUUGGGUGUAGCAUAUAUGGAUGAUAAUACAAAGAAGUCAAAAACUCCAGCUUUGUUAAGUUUAUCGUACUUCCUACGCAUGUUGGGCCCAGCAAUAGGCUUGGCAUUGGCCUCGUUUUGUUUAAGAGUCUACGUAGCGCCAAAUUUGCAUCCGGUCAUUAAAAUGAAAGAUCCUCGCUGGCUGGGAGCAUGGUGGAUGGGUUGGCUUAUAAUCGGUAGCAUGAUUCUUGUAUCGGGUAUAUUUCUGACCAUGUUUCCUAAACAGCUACCACGUGCAAAGGCCAGACGCAUGAUUGAAGAAGAGCGUCGCAAGCAAAGGGAAACAAUAAAGAAUAAAUCGCAAAACAACAAAGAGAAACUUACUAAUUGCUUGGAGGAAGAGAAGCCCACAGAAGCUAAGGCUUCCUUCAAGGAUAUGUUGGUCACAUUUAAACGCUUGACCACCAACAAAAUCCUUAUGUAUAACAAUUUCUCAUCUGUCUUCUAUCUAUUCGGUUACACUCCGUAUUGGAUUUUUACACCCAAGUACAUAGAGAUCCAGUACCGCCAAUCGGCUUCAAUUUCAAAUUUGGUGACUGGCACCGUAGCCUUGGCUUUCUCUGCCACCGGGGUCUUGCUAUCCGGUUUUGUGAUCUCCCGUUAUAGACCUAGGGCUCGUUAUAUGGCUGCUUGGAAUGUUAUUGUUGGCUUCUUAACAGUGGCCGGCUGUAUAUCUUACGCUUUCAUUGGCUGUCCAGGGAAUGAACAAUCGGUUAUUGUAAAUAUACACGAUAGCUCACUGAGCAAUGCCACUACUUGCAAUUCGGAUUGCCAUUGCGAUUAUGUUCGUUAUUCUCCAGUGUGUGGAGAAAACAAAAUGACUUAUAUUUCACCCUGUCAUGCAGGUUGUAAAAAAGAACACAUAGCCAGUACUGGACAAAAGUAUUUCUACGACUGUAGCUGUAUACCGCAUGCUAGUAUUAACAAAGAAGGAAAAUCUACCUACGAGGGCUUAACAUCAAUGGACUUGACAAUUACGGAAAACGAUGAGCAAGAUAUUCAAACCACUACACUAGCUAGUCAUUUGCAGUCAUUAGAUGCCGAUAUACCAGGAAUCGGUGGACGAGCUAUUUCCGGGGCUUGUCCAGUUAAUUGCUUUUCUCAAUUUGUUACAUUUUUGGUUGUCAUGUGUUUCUUGAAAUUUAUUGGCGCCACAGGAAGAGCAUCAAACUUUCUAGUUUCUGUACGUUGCGUUCCGGAAAAGGAUAAAACGGCUGCAAUGGGCUUCGGCAUGAUGAUGAUGUCAAUGCUGGCUUUUAUACCAAGUCCGAUAUUCUUUGGUUGGGUUUUAGAUAGACUUUGCCUGGUAUGGGGUAAAACGUGUACAAAUAAAGGCAAUUGUUGGCUCUACGAUCCCGAAUCUUUAAGAUACACACUGAAUAUAACUGCCUCUAUGUUUGUUGUACUUGGCGCGCUAUUUGAUUGUGGCGUGUGGUACUAUGUCAAAGAUUUGAAAAUUUUCGACGAGGAAGUCAAAGAAAUUGAAAUGAAAAUUGUACAACACGAAGAAGAUAUUAAUGCCGAGAAGAAGACGGAAAUUUAAUGCAAUUGAAAGUUAGUUUGUUUUAGAUUUAAGUGUUACAUAUGUGAUGUCAUUAAAUGUAUGCAUGAGUGUGUGUGAUAUUUUUGUAUGUGUUAAAUAGUGAAAUAUGUACAAUGUCGUUGUUAGAGUUUUAAGUAUUACCUAAGUAUGUAGCGUUAUGAACUUUUCAUUUUUUCUUGAAUUUUCUUUUAAUAUCUUUUUCUUUAUUUUUUUUGUUUUUUAUAAAAACCAAAUA